AUGUUCCACACUCAGGUAGUUCACCUGUUAGAGCAGGUGCCCUUCGCUCUUCAUUAUGUUGCUGUAUCUGAAAGUUGCAGGAGAACCUCCAAACCAUUUAGCACCGAGGUUUUCAGAGAAGUGGAUCCUGCACUCUGCCACCCCUACGCUGGCUUCUUCUUCUCGCCGUCUGGGAAGCAGGGCGGCCAGCUUCAUUACUCCGUCCCGGAGGAGGCCAAACACGGCACUUUCGUGGGCCGCAUCGCGCAGGACCUGGGCCUGGAGCUGGCGGAGCUGGUGCCCCGCCUGUUUAGGGUGGCGUCCAAGGACCGCGGGGACCUUCUGGAGGUAAAUCUGCAGAAUGGCAUUUUGUUUGUGAAUUCUCGGAUCGACCGGGAGGAGCUAUGCGGGCGGAGUGCUGAGUGUAGCAUCCACCUGGAGGUGAUUGUGGACAGGCCGCUGCAGGUUUUCCACGUGGAGGUGGAGGUGAGGGACAUUAACGACAACUCGCCAGUGUUUCCUUUUAGAGAACAAAGGUUGCUGAUUUAUGAAUCCAAGCAACUAGACUCGCGUUUUCCGCUAGAGGGAGCGUCUGAUGCGGACGUAGGGGAGAAUGCUGUGUUGGUCUACAGAUUAAGUCAAAACGAGUAUUUUUCCUUAGAACCACUAACUAAUAGUAAGCAGACUAAAAGACCGUCGCUUAUAUUAAAGAAGACUCUAGAUCGGGAGAAAACCCCGGAACUUAAUUUGCUAUUAACAGCCACAGAUGGGGGAAAACCGGAGCUCACCGGUACAGUUCAGCUUUGGAUUCAUGUCUUAGAUGUUAACGACAAUGAUCCGGUUUUCGAUCAUUUAGAAUACAAAGUAAGAAUAAUGGAAAAUGCUGCUAAAGAAACUCUUGUCAUAAAGUUGAACGCCACGGAUCUAGACGAAGGUGUAAACGGACAGCUGGAAUACUCUUUGAUGUCCAUUAAGCCCACUGGGAGGCAUUUAUUUACUCUACAUGAAAACAACGGAGAAUUGAGGGUCAACGGGACUUUAGAUUAUGAAGAGAACAAGUUUUAUGAAAUAGAAGUGCUGGCCACAGAUAAAGGAAACCCCCCAAUGGUAGGUCACUGUGUAGUCUUGGUAGAAAUCUUAGACACCAAUGACAACGCCCCUGAAGUGACACUAACUUCGCUGUCCCUCCCAGUAAGAGAGGAUGCCCAGCCAAAUACAGUCAUCGCUUUAAUUAGCGUAUCCGACCUCGAUUCUGGAAUCAAUGGCCAAGUGACCUGCUCUCUUACACCCAAUGUCCCCUUCAAGAUUACAUCCACCUUUAAAAACUAUUAUUCGAUGGUAUUGGAUAGUAGUCUGGACCGCGAGAAGGUGUCAACCUAUGAUUUGGUUGUAACAGCGCGGGAUGGGGGUUCGCCUUCAUUGAGUACCACAGCCAGCGUGUCCGUGGAGGUGGCUGACGUGAACGACAAUGCGCCUGCAUUUGCGCAGCCCGAAUACGCGGUGUUCGUGAAGGAGAACAACCCGCCUGGCGCGCACAUCUUCACGGUGUCUGCGGUGGAUGCGGAUGCGCAGGAGAAUGCGCUGGUGUCCUACUCGCUGGUGGAACGGAGGAUAGGCGAGCGCUUAUUGUCGAGCUAUGUGUCUGUGCACGCAGAGAGCGGCAAGGUGUUCGCGCUGCAGCCUCUGGACCAUGAGGAGCUGGAGCUGCUCCAUUUUCAAGUGAGCGCGCGGGAUGCUGGUGUGCCUGCCCUGGGCAGCAAUGUGACUCUGCAAGUGUUUGUGCUGGAUGAGAAUGACAAUGCGCCCACACUGCUGCCCCAUGGAGCUGUCGGAACUGGCAGGACGGUGAGUGAGCUUUUGCCUAGGUCAGUGGGUUCGGGCCAUGUGGUCACCAAGGUGCGUGCAGUGGAUGCGGACUCUGGUUACAACGCGUGGCUGUCAUAUGAAGUACAGUUGGGAACAGGUGGUGUACGCAGCCCCUUCCGUGUGGGUCUGUACACGGGUGAGAUCAGCACGACGCGUGCCCUGGAUGAGGGGGACGCUCCACGACAGACUCUAUUAGUGCUGGUGAAGGACCAUGGGGAGCCAGCACUGACAGCCACUGCAACUGUAUUAGUGUCUCUUGUGGAAAGUGGCCAGGCUCCAAAGUCCUUUUCAAAGGUAUCGGGGCGUGCUUCAGCCCCAGAGGCAUCGCUGGUGGAUGUCAACGUGUAUUUGAUCGUCGCCAUCUGCGCUGUGUCCAGUCUAUUGGUACUCACGCUGCUGCUGUAUACAGCUCUGCGCUGCUCAGCAUUGCCUAUGGUCAAUGAGGCCCCUGAGGGACCCGGGAAGCCCAUGCUGGUAUGCUCCAGUGCAGUGGGGAGCUGGUCCUACUCACAGCAGAGGCGGCAGAGAGUGUGCUCUGGGGAAGUUCUUCCCAAGACAGACCUCAUGGCCUUUAGUCCCAGCCUACCUCCCAAUCUGGAUAGAGAUGAAAGGGAAAGACAGGAAUCAGAGUCAAAUCACCCUGGACAGACAGGAAACAUCAGGAAGAAUCAAGGGACUGUUGCCAUCAAAGGGAUAAUGCAUGUAGAAGAAACAGAGGAACAGGAGAAGAUUGUAUUAGUGAGAGAAUACAAUACUCCACAUGGAUUUCAGAAGGGAAUUGAGGUACAGAAAUGA